AUGAGUAGCACCGCCCGAAAACCUACCUGGCUGCCGUUCCACCCACGCCGGAGGACACCGAAGCUGCCAGAAAUCGAGUUGGCCAGCCAUACCGAUGUCCUGGAGCUGUCGACGUCACCCAUUGCAGACAAGGCGGUGGCGGCCGAGCUGACGCCCCCGGCAGCGGCGUCGCCCUGCCUUGCCGCACAGGUGUUCCGGUGGCCACUAAAAGAGGAGAAGGUAGCAGUGCCGGUACCCGCUCUAGCCCCCACGGUGCUGGAAGUAUCGUCCGACUCGGAGGGGGAGGAGGGCACUCCAGCACCCGCUGCACCGGCGCCGAAACGAGCCAGGAUGGAGCAGCCGACCUGCCCACCGGCGACCCCAAGGUAUGUGCCCCGCACUCCCGGUAGGUCGUUGGGUCUGGACGCAGGGUCGGCCAUGGCGAUACAACAAAGACACCAGCACCCUGAGGGAACACCGGCGUCACCAUCACCGGAGGUAGAGGAGACGUGUGUUCAGGAGACACCCGAACCCCCACCAGCGCCGCCCCAGACAAACACGCGAGCAGAAAUCCUGUUACCCUACAGCGGCCCAGAUAUGGGGGAUUCAUCCUUGCUGUCGCAGGAUCUACACCCGGCAAUCCUCGCGGUCGCAGGACUUGUUCCCGAUACCCUUGCAUUAGCCUGGUCCCAGUACGAGAGACGAAUCGAGCUUCAACAAGGGUUGAAACCAGCGAUACCCGGCGACAGACGAACCCUCAUCGGAGACCAAGGACAUCGACCAGAGACCCGAGAAUAUCAUCAUUAA